AUGGAUGAUUCAUCAGUACCAGUAUCUGAUAGACAGGCCGAUGCCAAGGAGAUUGCUGCCAAGAAGAUGUACCGGAGAGCAGUUAACUACUGUAAACGAUACAUCGGACGGGAAAGCGACUCCAUCACGGGGAAGGAGUUCCUGUUAAUCAAGAGGAUCCUCAAACUCAUCCUUAAGUUCUCCAGGAACUAUCCUGAUAAUAUUGAGAGGGACUUCUUGAUUGACAGGAUCCCCCGACCCAGUACUAGGACCACAACGGUAGUCCCUUCAAAGAAAGAGAAACCUGCUGAUGGCCCUGGUACAUCUAGGAAGCUAAUACCUGAGACUUCUAAGCCAUCAGCACCCCCCAAGGGUAAACUGAGUACUGAGACGUCCCAGACAUCAGCAUCCACAAAGACGGAAGGUAGGGGACUGUCGAAGUCGGCCCGAAGGAUAGCCCGUAAAAAGGCCUCAAAGAAGACCGAUAAGACACAACAACCCCCUGUAUAUCCACCUUCUGCCGAAUUGCCAAAGCCGAGAGCCAAGGCGGUGACAAUUGGGCAGUUGUUAGUGGAUGAGCAGAAAGUAGUGAGCGCGAUGGAGGUGCCUGUGUCUUCUGGGCAUACCUCUGCAGCGGUUGCAAACCCGGGUGCCAAAUCUCGGCCACAGCCUACGGCUCUCAAGAUAAUGAGGUCCUCGGAGGAGCAACAACCUGCUGCAAAGAGACCCACACAGUCGUCGGUCGUAAAAAGCUCUGCUUCGUUUGCGUCGGUGGUAGCGUCGAAGGAGAAACCUGCUAAGAGCAGGUGA